UCCGCGCACACGUCACAACACAACAACUGAAGAGACUUCGACAAAACAAACAAAUCGGUGAUAUUUUCACCUGUUUAGUGAUUUUUAACGAUAUUUUACAGUCAAAACGUCAAAAUGGAAAUCCAGAAACUGAUAUUAAAAUGAAUCUGACGGCUGCUAUAAGGAAAAUAACAAACUCAACAGCGGAACACAUCUGCAGAAUCCUUCAUAAAGCAUCAAGUGGAUCAAGAAAAGAUCUAACACAACCAGAUCAAGUCAACCAUAUGGUAGAGCAGCAGUUUGCUGGGAGUGGAAGACCACUUAACACUCAUAUCAAAGAUGAGGAACAUGUCAAAGGAGGAGAUGAGCAAGAUUUCACCUCAGACGUUGUGUCGGGAAUCCAGGAAAGAUUGAAUUGCACCCCAUCUGGUGGACAUCUUCUUCAGACUGUUGAAGAAGAGCCGGAGUUCAGAUUUGAAGAAGUAUUUGUCCAUGAAGAGGAACAAGUAGUGUGUCAAACUGCUGCUGUAGAUGAAUCAAUAGAGCCCGAUGCAGAUGAAUCUGUAGAGCAUCAAAGAGAAGGGCAGUGGACCACUGAACCAAACUCUGAAUUAAAUGACAUUUCAGUACCAUUAAACACACUGGAUCCACCCGAUAUUAUCGAGACAGGAUUGGACGUCCCAAUAGACGCCGCUGAAGAAGUGCAACCGAAUGCAAGCGAUGAGCAGAACAUAUGCAAAAUCUGCGGAAAGACCUUCACCCACCUCAACAACCUGAGAAGACAUGAGCAGAAGCUCCACAGCGGAGAAACGCCUCAUGCUUGCCAAGAGUGCGGAGAGCGUUUCGGCUCCAGACGCCUCCUCCAAAUCCACCGCAGAGACCACAAGGUGGAAAAACCUCACAAAUGCACGCUCUGCGACAAGGUGUUUCGCUUGCCCAACCACUUGAGGAAUCACAUGAUGAGUCACGGUGACCAGAGACCGUUCUCCUGCGCCGCAUGUGGGAAGAGCUUCGCCUUGAUAAGCAUCCUCAGAGCUCAUGAGCGAACGCAUGCUGACGAGAAGAACUUUGUAUGCUUGCAAUGCGGUUCCAAAUUCCUCACCAAGUCUUACUUGGACUACCACCAGCGAGUUCACACUGGAGAAAAGCCAUACCUGUGCAAACACUGUGGGAAGAGCUUUGCCCAAAAGGGCAACCUCAAGGCACACGAAAGGCUUCACACGGGCGAACAGCCCUUCAGAUGCGAGGACUGUGGAAAAACCUUCGUACACGCCAACACCUUCAAAUCCCACAAGCAGCUCCACACGGGAGUCAAAGAUUUCUGCUGUGAGCUUUGUGGGAAGGGCUUUCGGCGAGGAACGCAUCUCAAGACUCAUCUACUGACGCAUUCUGGAGACAAACCGUUUAGUUGCGAUGUAUGCGGGAAGACUUUUGCCCUCAAAGGAUCUCUGAAGACGCACCAGCUCACUCAUACGGGGCAGAAGAGUUACGCUUGUAACGUCUGCAGUAAGCAGUUCACUCAGGCCAGCUCGCUAGCCAAACACAAACGGGUUCAUACGGGAGAGAAACCGCACCGCUGCGGAAACUGCGACAAGUGUUUCUCUCAAAGCAGUCAUCUUAACUAUCACUUGAAGGUCUGCCAGUCUGGGACAAAAAGUUCUGCAAACUCUUAAUGUGGAAGAGAACUAACUGAGCAGUCAUUCCGUUUGUGCCUUUCUUGAAAAAACCUAACUAUGACCAAAUAUUUGAGACUUUUCUUAGAAGAUCAUCCGUUUCAUGCCUAAUUAUUGGAUAUUAUUAGGGUGAAUCUCACGAAGAAACUCCUGGGUCAAAUUUUACA